GCCGAAGCGAAAGGUGUGUUUUCUCCUAAUAGUGAGCCCAAGGAAGGCUCAUCAUCUGAUGUUUAUAUUAUUGUCACAUGGGCUAUUGUUCUUUGUACAUUUCUUGGGCCAGUUAGCGUAGGACUUUUAGUACGGAGAAUAAAAAAAUUAGUAUCACUUGAUAACCAUCCUUUAGGUAUAUGGGGUUAG